UAGCGCUCGCAAGUUGUGUGCAUGGGGUGUUGACACCAGUGUAGUGGUAUUUUGUGGGUGGCUUUCACUGGGUGGAUGGUCCCUUGUGUUUUUGGUUGUAUUUGUACAAAGAUUCGUCGGCAUUGCUGUAGUUAGUUGUAUCUUGCGCCUUUGAAGGUCAGUGAGUGGCGGCCGCCGGGGUACAGCCUGCGUUACAUGGUGGAGACCCGCUAGUCGGAAGGGGCUGCUGCACAGUCAGAGCGAGGCGACACAGGCGCAGCCAUGGGCUGCACCAUCAGCACCAUGGACAAGGAGGCGGCGGCCAUCUCGCGCAAGAUCGACAAGGACCUGCGCAUGGCCGGCGAGCAGGCGGCUCGUGAGGUCAAACUGCUGCUGCUCGGCGCGGGCGAGUCAGGCAAGAGUACGAUCGUGAAGCAGAUGAAGAUCAUCCACGAGUCAGGCUACAGCCGCGAGGAGUGCGAACAGUACCGGCCCGUCGUCUUUAGCAAUACCAUUCAGAGCCUGAUGGCCAUCAUUCGAGCCAUGGGUCACCUCCGGAUAGAGUUCGCCGACUGCAUGAGAAAGGAGGACGCGCGCCAGUUCUUCACGCUGGCGUCGGCGACAGACGAGGGCGUGAUGACGCCAGAGCUGGCGCACAUCAUGCGCCGGCUCUGGGCGGACGGCGGCGUGCAGGCCUGCUUCCUGCGCUCGCGCGAGUAUCAGCUCAACGACUCGGCCGCCUACUACCUGAACGCGCUCGACCGCAUCUCGAAGUCCAACUACGUGCCCACACAGCAGGACGUGCUGCGCACGCGCGUCAAGACAACCGGCAUCGUCGAGACCAAGUUCAGCUUCAAGGGACUCAAUUUCAAAAUGUUCGACGUUGGCGGCCAGCGAUCCGAACGGAAGAAGUGGAUCCACUGUUUCGAAGGCGUCACAGCCAUCAUCUUCUGCGUGGCCAUGUCGGCGUACGACCUGGUGCUGGCGGAGGACGAGGAGGUCAACCGGAUGAUCGAGUCGAUGAAGCUGUUCGACUCCAUCUGCAACAACAAGUGGUUCGUGGACACGUCCGUCAUCCUGUUCCUGAACAAGAAGGACCUGUUCGAGGCCAAGAUCGCCCGCAGCCCGCUCACGACGUGCUUCCCAGAGUACAAUGGUGCCAACAACUACGAAGAGGCGGCUGCGUAUAUACAGAUGAAGUUUGAAAAUCUCAACAAGCGCAAAGGGAUGAAGGACAUCUACACGCACUUCACCUGUGCCACAGACACCAAUAAUAUCCAGUUCGUGUUCGACGCCGUCACGGACGUCAUCAUCAAGCACAACCUGAAGGACGUGGAGGUGCCCGGCCGGCACUACUCACGCCUCGAGCGCGCGCCGCGCGAACUGAUCCAGCUCAUGUGCGCUUGCUGCGGCUGUCUGGGCGGCGGGCGACGCGCCGGCCGCGUCUCGCCCGACCCGGCCGCCGUCUCGCGCCAAAUUGACCGCGCCCUCGAGCAGGAGAAGAAACGCGCCGAUAAGGAGAUCAAGAUGCUGUUGCUCGGCGCCGGCGAGUCUGGCAAGUCGACUCUCCUGAAGCAGAUGAAGCUGAUCCACGAGGAGGGCUUCUCGCUGGAGGAGCGCGCCUCCUACGUGGCCGUGGUCCACAGCAACACUCUUCAGAGUAUGAACGCCGUCAUCCGUGCCAUGGACCAGCUCAAGAUUGGGUUCGCCGAUGCCGAGAGGGAGGAUGACGCGGUGACGUUCUUCGCGAUGACGGAGCGGUCGCCGCGGGUGACGCCCCUCCUGGCGCAGGCCAUGGCGCGGAUCUGGGCCGACGCCGGCACGCAGCUGUGCUACUCCCGGGCUCGCGAGUACCACCUGAACGACUCGGCGCCGUACUUCCUGCAGGCGCUGGAGCGCAUCUCGCAGCCAGGAUACGUGCCAUCCCAGCAGGACAUUCUCAGAACACGAGUGAAGACCACAGGCAUAUUUGAGAAGAGCUUUCACUACAAGAGUGUGCUGUUCAGGAUGUUCGAUGUCGGCGGCCAGCGGUCGGAGCGGAAAAAGUGGAUUCACUGCUUCGAGGGCGUCACGGCUGUCAUAUACGUGGUGGCGCUGUCGGGCUACGACCUGCUGUUGAUCGAGGACGACACCACGAACCGCAUGGUGGAGUGCAUGAAGUUGUUCGACUCGGUCUGCAACAACACCUGGUUCAGGAACACGCACAUGAUCGUGUUCUUCAACAAGCGCGACCUGUUCGAGGAGAAGCUGCCCCGCUCACCGCUCAACGUCUGCUUUCCCGAGUACCGGGGCCAGAAUGACUACGAGAGCUGCGCCGACUUCAUUCUCCAGAAGUUCAUGGCACUGAACCGACAGGACAAGAACGUGUACCCGUUCUUCACUUGCGCAACAGAUACGGAAAACAUCAAGUACGUGUUCGCAGCCGCGAGCGAUAUCGUCAUCUGCAAGCACCUGGCGGACUGCGGGCUCUGCUGAGAGCAACAGAGGCUCCGGUGAUUGUUUCUGCGCGAACGCCCGUACCGACGGCUCGACGUGUCGUGUUUGGAGGCGGACAGACAUGUGCUGAGCAAGGAGGGGCCAAGAACGAGUGCGGUUCAGUAGUGGUGUGCUGUAGUCAGCAGUGGUGCCAAGCGCAGGCUGCAAACAAGCGAAGCGCUCUCGAAGA